UCCCAGGCAUUGCACGGCCCCGGAACCGUCCCGAACUUCUCUGAAUGACUAGCAUCACAUGCCUAGUGAGUGAAUUAAGCUUUCAAGUUGCAUCUUCCAGCAUCUUGUGGUUCACACGCCAACCCGCGUUUCGUUUGCAUCCUGGGUUAUAAGUCCGCUUUCUUCUCUCUACCACCUUCCUUCUCCUCCUUCCUCACACCUCAUCCACAACCACCGACGAUGCGAUGCCACACGCCGAACACCGACCGCUCGGCAGAGCUGCAAGUGUUUAUCAACGGCCUGCCAUGUGCGGAGUACACGCUACCGAAUGGUGUCGUUGACAGCGAGCCGAACACACUCUCAUGCAUCAUUCCUGUUUCGGACGGCGACGAAUUGAAGAUCAGAGGCUAUUUCGAAGGCACCAUCCUGCACGGCAGCGUCGAUCUGCUCGCCGACGGUAGCUUUCUUGCCGACAAGCGCAUCGAAGGCUCCAAGUCCGGAGAGGUCAAGGCGGUCAAGAGAAAGCUUGAUUUUGACAGAGUGUUUGACAUGCCCGUCCCGCCGGGGCAUACGAGCAUAUACCCUUCGACCCUGGUCGUGGAAGGUGUGUUGACCGCCUGCAGACUCCAGGAGACACCUACGGUGGCCGAUGGCGUGGACGAUGGGGUUGGGAGCUUGAGCAUCGUCAUUUCUAUCAGCGAGCAUGCCUCCGACAACUACGAAACGGACUACUCGGAUUUGACGUGUGGAAGUUGGAAGACACGAGACAUCGAUGGAGUCACAGAUGGUGGAUUGCCACCCACGCACGAGCUAGGUGUCCACGUGACCGAUCCGAAUGUGAAUCCCAGCCGGCAGUCCAAGCACAGGAGACAUGUUGCGCAAACCCGUUUCGGAAGCAAACCGUGGGCCAAAUUCAUCUUCUACUACAGGAGUCGUACGGCGAUCGAAAUGGCUCGCUGUGUGUACAGACAGGACAAGAGCUACGAGCUUGAGGAGGCAGGAGCGCAGAUUGGCACACGCGGUGGAAAAGAGGUGCCUACGGGAUGCGGCAGCCAGACAAACGACGGGGGCGGGAUGUUUGUCACACCGCCACCUCCAGGAUUAACGAAGAAGCAGAAGCUAUUCGGACAAUUCCUGGGCAAUGGUGCAACUCCCCGGCGAGCAGGAGGCCUCAUGAUCGGCGAUGGAAGCAACCAGCACGGAUCUCACGGGUAUUCACCGGGUCGCAUCAUGCCAGCACUUCUCGCCCCGCCAGCGAGCGCAAACUUCCCGACAUUCGAUGAAAGCAUUGCAGCACCUUUCAGUCCGAAUGACCCCAUCUUCAGCCUCGUGGAUUCUCCUUAUGACCCAAAUAUGCUCGACAACAUGCUGCUGGACUACAAUCUCCAGGGGGCUGGCGGACUCUCAUACGCUGCACAUCCUGCUGAUCGCCCUCAUCAUGUGACCUCAACUGCACGAGACCAUCAAAACGGCAUGCGCAUGGGCUUUGUCCUUCCCGCGGCGGGACAACAUGACCAGACUCACGUGGAACCCAGCUAUCUCCCCAUGACUCAACAACAGCAAUCGACAGGGACAUUGAGAAGUCUCAACUCACCUCCGAUUCGGAGAGAAGGGUUCAGUUCAACUGUGUUUGCGUUCCCGGGGCACCAACCGGGCCAGCCAGCCGUCAAAGUCGAGCCUUUCUCGCCUACGGCCAAUCGGAGGGACGAUGUGGUGGCCGGCACAACAAGUGGACACGGACAUCCGCAAGCUAUUGAGAGCCGCAUUGCCGCUGUCCCGUCGAUGAGCGUCUCAGGUGCGGCCGACCAGCAGCCAACCCACCUCUCAACUACCCAGCGCGGAGGAAACCCGAUCGUCGGUGCCUCGCCAUCAACUGCAUUCACACCAGGCUCCCACACGCAGAAGCGCAGCUACGUCGCAUCCGAGUCUCGAGAGAGUACACCAGGCAGCAUCAAGAGGCAGCGCGUGAAUGACCGAGCAGCCGCUCUCCGUGUUCAGCUAGAGGAGAAGAGGAAACGGAAUGCGGAGGCCAGGCGUGCUCUGGAGGAGAAGAAGAGGUUGCGGGUGGAGGCCGAGAAGAAGGUGCAAGAGCGCGAGAUGGAGGAGAAUGCGGAGCUGGAGCGGAUGAUUGCGGAGGAGGAUAAGGAGUUCGAGGAACUGGAGAGGGAGAAGAAGGACGAGGAAGAUGCUUUGCAGGAGGUGACUGAGAAUUGAAUCAAGGGUUUACGGCACGAGAAUGCGAGUUAGUGAAAAGAGUGAGUAGAUUGGCAUUGCAACAGGCUUUCCCUUAAUUAUGUCAAGCGUCAAGAGUACAUCUCGUCAUUCCCUGCGUCGCCACCAGUCAAGAUGCUUGGGCGUACGACACGACAUUGAAAGGCAAUCAGGUGGGCGCGUGAAUCGUGGCCUGGACCAUUGCAAUCAACUCCUCUCUCUCGGCAGAGCCGGACCACUUCUC